UCCACUUGCAUCCCUAGCCUGCGGCCGGACAUGAUAUAGUAUAUCUUUCCCGUCAACCAGCGAGCCGCGUCGUCAAUCUCGCUCUCCAGCCAGAUCCAUUCCAUCCAGGACUUCAACAGUUCUUCAGUCGAUCCAGGACUUUAGCAGUUCUUCGAUUGAUCAUCAGGUUUGCCCACAGUGUAUGCAACUCUUGCUUAGGCAUCUUUUCCCCCAGAUCUGUCUCUACUCUCCUUUCGCUUGCCAGGCAGAUCGUUCAAAUUUUGUGGUCGGAAGAACAUCAAAGUGAGCUUGUGUGUUAAUUGGUUGGUGCAUGAAACUCUAUACCGAGAUUUUGUUGAGUCGACCGCAGGAGAUCCGACAUGUGGCGAAUUCUUUCAUGACUGUCACCUCUUUCAUGUGUACUAUUUAUUAUUGGUCGUUUGGAUCUUAGAUACUCCAUGCCAUGACCUGUGCUUGCCGACGAAUUCCCCAACACAUGUUUGCAGAGGUGACUCCUCAGUUACUAUUUCCCUUGAAGGAAAUACACAAACUACAUCCGAUUCUCACUUCACUCUGGUUCUUCUAAAAAGCAACUCAGGAGUCAAAAGCAAAUGUCAUAGAGAGGAAAGGUCAUAAAUGCCCCCAUACCAGGUAGUGGGCCCGUAAUAAUCGAUCCCUUGGAACUCUGAAUCCCAAACCAAAUACAAGUCCACACGGCGGCGCUUCUCUAUUCCACGAGCGGCUUUCGCGGCUGCCGUCUGCUCACCCAGACCCAAGCAUCUCUUCCUUCUCCCCCGUACCGCUUCCAUAUGCCAUACCGGCUCCGCCAGUCGUUGGUGCGAAGGAGGAAGAUGCCGGCCUGCAAGCUCGCCACGGUGGAUCCCUUUGGCCUUUGCUACCAGGUCACACUUUCUUGGCGUUCUUACAAGCACUCGGCAUCCCAUCGCAGGGGCGAGGCAUAGGUCUAUUUUUUUAUGCUAAAGUAUGAUGCAGCGUGUGUGUUUUCCGUACAAGUUAUGCAUGUAUGCUCUCUCAACUAUGUCAAAUGUUUUCGGCGUUACUAGAAAGAUGAAACGUUUAACCUAGUCAAUCCUAGCAGGAGAUAUAUAUAUAUAUAUAAGAUACCAUGGUGAACAAGUUAGAACAUUCAGGUGCGACGACAAGGGAGUUUACACUCGAGUUGUUGAGACAAAUUACAGAUAAUUUUUCUGAGAAGCACGAAAUUGGUCGUGGUGGCUUCGGAAUAGUCUACAAGGGAGUACUGGAUGAUGGGGAAGAGAUUGCUAUCAAAAAGCUUCACUACGUGCCGGGGCAUGAUGACACACAAUUUAGGAAUGAGUUUAAUAACCUUAUGACGGCCCAACAUCCAAAUAUUACCCGGUUGAUUGGCUACUGUUAUUAUAUAGGACAUCAACGCAUUAAGUACAAUGAUGAAUAUGUUUUUGCCCAUGUGGUAGAAAAUUUUCUGUGCUUUGAAUACUUGAAGAGUGGAAGCCUUGACAAGCAUAUUUCUGAUGAAUCAUGCAGACUCGAUUGGCACACACGCUUCAAAAUUAUUAAGGGAGUUAGCGAGGGCUUAAAUUACCUUCAUAAUGGAUGCAAAGGUUCUAUUUACCAUCUUGACUUGAAACCUGGAAAUAUAUUGCUAGACAAGAACAUGGUCCCAAAAAUUGGAGAUUUUGGUUUGUCAAGACUUUUCCAAUCAGAAAAAACCCAUAUCACAAGCAAAUUUGUGGGAACAGUUGGAUACAUGCCACCAGAAUACAUCAAUAGAGGCGCAAUCACAACGAAGUUUGAUGUAUUCAGUUUGGGCGUUAUAAUCGUUCGGAUAGUGGCAGGACAUGAGGGCUAUUCCAAAUGUGAACAAAUGUCUCCUCAAGAAUUUAUUGAGCAUGUAAGGAAGAUAUUUUUUAUCAUGAACAAUAACCCCCUUUCCACAAAUAUAAUAAUCCUGUCUUGUCUUACUUUCUAUGCCACUCGUCACUGUGUUCCACCUUUGCAGGUACAUGAAAACUGGAGAAAACGGCUGCAGGAAACAAUGUCAUCGUACACAUCAGAGCAAGUUAAAACAUGCAUUGAAAUAGCGUUAAGGUGUGUGGAGUUUGACCGAGAGAAAAGGCCUACCAUAGCGGAUAUUGUCGAUGAAUUGAAUAAGAUUGAGGGUGCUGGAAGUUCAGCUAUAGGCAAGAUCUCAGAAGAAACUGAGCACGCCCCGGAAAAACAACUAGACAUUGAAGAACAAAAAAUAAAGUGUACAAAAGAGCAUACCAGAUACGCGAGAACAAACCGCAUUUCCACUCUCGUGAAGUAUCAUGCAGCAGAGUCAAUCGGUUUCGUAAUUGGUGCCAUGGUCUCCCUCUCUCUGACCCCCAAGCUGGUCAAGCUCCCCAGCGACGAGUACAACUUGCAUGCGAACUGCAAGAAAGAGGUAGAGUACCUCUACAAAGAGUUGGUGAGCAUGCAAGCUGGCCGGCGCGACCUGGCCGAGGUGCCGCGGAACCAGCUGGAUGAUGUCGUUAAGCUCUGGGCCGAGGAAGUAAAGGACCUCCCAUAUCAAGAGGAGAAUACUGUUGACCUGGACGAGGUGCCGCGGGAUCAGCUGAAUGGUGUUCUUAAGCUCUGGGCCGAGGAAGUAAAGGAUCUCUCAUAUCAAGAGGAGAAUACCGUUGACCUGAACGAGGUGCCGCGGGACCAGCUGAGUGGUGUUGUUAAGCUCUGGGCCAAGGAAGUAAAGGACCUCUCAUAUCAAGAGGAGAAUACCGUUGACCUGGACGAGGUGCCGCGGGACCAGCUGUAUGGUGUUGUUAAGUUCUGGGCCGAGGAAGUAAAGGAUCUCUCAUAUCAAGAUGAGAAUACCGUUGAGCUGGACGAGGUGCCGCGGGACUAGCUGUAUGGUGUUGUUAAGUUCUGGGCCGAGGAAGUAAAGGAUCUCUCAUAUCAAGAUGAGAAUACCGUUGAGCUGGACGAGGUGCCACGGGACCAGCUGAAUGGUGUUGUUAAGCUCUGGGCCGAAGAAGUAAAGGACCUCUCAUAUCAAGAGGAGAAUACCGUUGACCUGGACGAGGUGCCGCGGGACCAGCUGUAUGGUGUUGUUAAGCUCUGGGUCGAGGAAGUAAAGGACCUCUCACAUUAGGAGGAGAAUACCGUUGACCUAGCCGAGGUGACGCAGGGCCAGCUGGAUCAGGCGGAGAAUACCGUUGAUUCCUUUCUGGUGCGCUUACCUCGCACGUCUCUGUCACGCCUCUGACGAUGGGAAGCACCUCAUCAACUCCUUUUUUAGACAAAGCACCUCAACAACUACUACAUCCACUACAUGACUCAAGGCUGGCCCAUCGUCAGCGGCCCGUGGGCCAGCACAGCUACGGAGGAGCACCCGAUUCGGAGACCCACCAAGAAGGCUUGACCACCUGCGUGUGCAUUGGGGCCCAGCCCAUGUAACGCUUGCUUACUUAGCCGCCGCCCUGCGUAGAGGGAUCCGCAUCGAUGAACCCUAACCUGAAUCCCACUGUUCUUCCCCAAAACACUCCCCUCUCUCUCUCUCUCUCUCUCUCUCUCUCUCUCUCUCUCUCUCUCUCUCUCCGGAUGCUAUUCUGUAUGCAAUUCCUCUUCCAGGAAUACAAAUUGAGUAGUGGGGUGUUAUAAUUGGUAUCUAGAGCCACCGAUCUCACGUGUUUCCUGCCUUGAUUUGUAAUUCCAACUAGAGGUUAGUCGCUGA